CAAAUCACAGCAUAUGUAAUGUUUUUUCUUUACACAUGUUAAUUAAACAGGAGUCACAGAGAGAUGGAGAAGAGAUUCAAGAUAUGGACAUAUAGAGAAGGAGAAGCUCCUCUGUUUCACAAGGGUCCACUCAACAACAUUUACGCUAUUGAAGGCCAAUUCAUGGACGAGAUCGAGAACGGAAACAGCCGUUUCAAGGCGGCUUCACCGGAGGAAGCCACCGUGUUCUACAUCCCUGUAGGGAUCGUCAAUAUCAUACGCUUUGUCUAUAGGCCUUACACUAGCUAUGCACGUGACCGUCUCCAAAACAUUGUCAAAGACUACAUCUCUCUUAUCUCUAACCGUUACCCUUACUGGAAUCGCAGUCGUGGUGCUGACCACUUCUUCCUCUCCUGUCACGAUUGGGCACCUGAUGUCUCAGCUGUGGAUCCAGAACUAUACAGGCAUUUUAUCAGAGCUCUCUGCAAUGCCAAUUCCUCCGAGGGAUUCACCCCCAUGAGAGACGUUUCAUUACCUGAAAUCAACAUUCCACACAGCCAAUUAGGGUUUGUACACACGGGAGAACCGCCUCAAAACCGCAAACUCUUAGCAUUCUUCGCGGGCGGUUCUCACGGAGAAGUCCGGAAAAUACUUUUCGAACAAUGGAAAGAAAAAGACAAAGACGUCCUUGUCUACGAGUAUCUCCCCAAAACCAUGAACUACACCAAAAUGAUGGAUAAGGCAAAGUUUUGUUUGUGUCCUAGCGGUUGGGAAGUGGCGAGUCCGAGAAUCGUCGAGUCACUUUACUCCGGUUGUGUUCCGGUUAUCAUCGCUGAUGCUUACGUUCUCCCGUUCAGCGACGUGUUGAACUGGAAGACAUUCUCUGUUCAUAUUCCAAUAUCGAAGAUGCCUGACAUAAAGAAGAUUCUAGAAGCGAUAUCAGAAGAAGAGUACUUAGAGAUGCAGAGGAGAGUGCUUGAAGUUCGGAAACACUUUGUGAUAAACAGACCAUCAAAGCCAUAUGAUAUGUUGCAUAUGAUCAUGCAUUCUAUUUGGUUACGGAGGCUUAAUGUUCGAAUCCCUCUUUCACAUGCAUACACUGUUUUCAAUGAUGAUGACGACAAAGACUCUGUUUUACUCUUCCCUGAGCUUCUUUUUUCUCCAUUGAGCAAGUCUCUUGUGAUCAAAACCUCUGAUUCGUGCGACGUGGUCUCUGUAGGAGAAUACAAAGUCAAAGCUAGUCUCUCCUCCACUCUUCAAAACAUAUUCGACAAGUAUGGAGACAUCACAUCAAAUUCCAAGCUUCAUUCUCUCUCCACACGAAUAUACCACCUCGAGACUCUAGCCGAGGUUGUUAUCGAACUCCAGUCAACGCCUCUACGUAGGCUAUCUGAAACACGGGCCAUUGAGAUUCUAGCGAUCGUUAAUGACAUUGAGACGGCAAAGAUCCGAGUAGGUUGGCUCCGGUCCGUUCUUGAGGAGGUUCUUGAGGCCACAAAGUACUUUGACAGACGCGAAAUGGUAGUUCUGGAGAAAAAGGCCUGCGAGCACAGUUUGUUGCUUGCGAAGCAAGAAAUGGAAGUGAGUUUGAAGAAGCUUGCAGAGAAGGAGAAGGAGAUGAAUGAGUUUAGGGAGAGAAUGAUGGAGACAACAGGGAAAUUGGGUUCGUUGGAGAUGAAGCGGACAUGUCUUGAUAAGAGACUUGUGUUUCUGAGAUCUAAAGUCGAGAAGUUUCAAGAUCAAUCUGUUUUUAACGACAUUUUGUGAAGAAUUUUUUGUUUUUAUUAUUCUUUGAUUUUUUGGAUAGAGAGAAGAACAUAUCUUUAAUUCUUUUGCGUUUCCAAAUGCUGAUCCCAAAGUCCAUUUUUUAUUUUCACGUAAAUUGGAUCUGGCUUUCAUAUGCUGAUAUGUAUAUCGUUAAUUGUUUAUGGAAUAAAAAACAAAUUCUUUU